AUGGCCAGGUGUCCAAUCUCUGUAUUUAUAUUUGUGAUCGUCAAGCAUGACAAAUAGGUAAAUAUGUCAGUUAAGUGCCAAGCCUUAAAGCUGACUGGCUCUCAUACAAGGUCACCUGAGGAGGGCGCGGAACUUAUUCCUCCCUGAUUAUUACAAGGUCACCUGAGGAGGGCGCGGAAGUUAUUCCUCCCUGAUUAUUACAAGGUCACCUGAGGAGGGCGCGGAACUUGUAUCUCCCUGAUUAUUACAAGGUCACCUGAGGAGGGCGCGGAACUUAUUCCUCCCUGAUUAUUACAAGGUCACCUGAGGAGGGCGCGGAACUUAUUCCUCCCUGAUUAUUACAAGGUCACCUGAGGAGGGCGCGGAACUUAUUCCUCCCUGAUUAUUACAAGGUCACCUGAGGAGGGCGCGGAACUUAUUCCUCCCUGAUUAUUACAAGGUCACCUGAGGAGGGCGCAGAACUUAUUCCUCCCUGAUUAUUACAAGGUCACCUGAGGAGGGCGCGGAACUUAUUCCUCCCUGAUUAUUACAAGGUCACCUGAGGAGGGCGCGGAACUUAUUCCUCCCCUGAUUAUUACAAGGUCACCUGAGGAGGGCGCGGAACUUAUUCCUCCCCUGAUUAUUACAAGGUCACCUGAGGAGGGCGCGGAACUUAUUCCUCCCUGAUUAUUACAAGGUCACCUGAGGAGGGCGCGGAACUUAUUCCUCCCUGAUUAUUACAAGGUCACCUGAGGAGGGCGCGGAACUUAUUCCUCCCUGAUUAUUACAAGGUCCAGGCAUUUUAUGACCACCAUUUUAUCCAAUACUCUUGCUUUGGUCUUUUUCAACGUAGUAGUGUUUGUCAAAGUGAUUUAUAUUUCUUCACUGCUAGCCUCGCUCGGCAUACCUUACUUGCUUAUUUGUACACGUCAUGUCAGUAGCCUAAGCCCCUGCUCUCUCUCUCCUCUGGUUGGUUACAGGAAUCACCGUGAGUGCGAUGGCUGCCCUGAUCCUCAUGACAACGUCCAUCCUAUCGGUGAUGGGCUCUCUCUACCUGGGCUACAUCCUCUACUUUGUCCUCAAGGACUUCUGCGUCAUCUGUAUCACCACAUAUGCACUGAACUUCAUUCUCUUUAUGCUCAACUACAAGCGACUGGUUUACUUGAACGAGGCCUGGAAGCAGCAGCUUCCGGUCAAACAGGACUAA